AUGCGCAGCUCUGCACCUGUAGCGUGCCACGGCCGAACAGGGCUCAUCUACAUUGAUGGCCGGUGGGUGCAGUCGACGUCCACAGCCACGCAUAACGUGGAGAACCCGGACACGGGUGAUGUGAUUGCGGUUGUGCCCGAGUGCAAUGCCCAGGAUCUGGACAAAGCGGUGCAGGCUGCGUACAACGCGUUCCAUGAUGGGCCCUGGGCCAACCAGUUCUCUGGUGCAGAGCGCCGCGACGCCCUGAUCGCCGUUGCCGAUGCCAUUGAGGAGCACCGCGCCGAGCUCGAGCUCAUCGAAAGCAUCAACACUGGCAAGCCCAUCAGCGACAUGCACGUCGAGGUCGACGACACGAUCGACCUGUUCCGCCACUUUGCUGGCUAUGCUGACAAGGUUGAGGGCCGCCAUAUCGGCCACCAGACAAACCAGACAAUUGAGGGCUACACGGUCAAGGUGCCUGUCGGUGUGGUCGGCUUCAUUAACGCCUUCAACUACCCGCUGAACCUGCUUGGCUGGAAGGUCGCUCCUGCGCUGGCAGCCGGGUGCACAGUUUACUUUGCCUACCUGCUUGAAAAGACAGGCAAGUUCCCGCCUGGCGUGUUCAACGUUGGCCAGGCUCUGGUUGACCACGACCUGGUCGACAAGAUUGGCUUCACCGGCUCGGUCGCCACGGGCAAGCACGUGAUUCGGUCGACAGCCUCGACGCAGAAUGUGCGCUCGACGUCGGUGGAGUUGGGUGGCAAGUCGCCGGGCGUGGUGAUGCCCGAUGCGGACCUGGACAAGACGGCGCAGCUGGUGGUCAGCGGAUGCAUGAGCAACGCCGGCAUGAACUGCAACGCGCUGACGCGCCUGUGGGUGCACCGCGACAUCUACGACGAGUUCAUGCCCAAGAUCAAGGCGGCCGCCGAGUCGAUGGUGCUGGGUGCCCCGCAGAGGAGACACGGUGAUGGGCCCGUCAUCGACAAGCGCCAGUUCGACCGGGUCAUGGAGUACAUCCGCAUUGGCAAGGAGGAGGACAAGGCGGCAGUGCUGACUGGUGGCGAGCGCGCGUUCGACCGCGGCGACGCCCGCAUUGCCACCGAGGAGAUCUUUGGCCCAGUGCUGUCGGUGCUCGAGCCGUUCGACAGCCUCGACGAGGUGAUCGAGAUCGAGCGCAAGAACGAGUUUGGUCUGGCUGCGGGCAUUUUCUCGCGCAACCACCAGGACAUCAAAAAGUUCACGCGCAAGCUGCGCAGCGGCACCAUCUGGGUCAACACCUACAACGCCCUGUUCUCGUACCUGCCCUUUGGCGGAUUCCGCAACUCGGGCUUUGGCCGCGAGCUGGGCUACGAGUCGUUUGACGGAUACCUGGUCCCCAAGUCCAUCAUUGACGACGUGUCGUACUAAGUUUGGCACCGAGGGGCCAGCCGCAAUGUUUCCUGCAGAUAUGCACAGGUAUCCAGCCUCGCCCCCUAACCCCUUGAUUGGCUGUUUUUUCGGCGGGGGUUCAGGGCCUUGCCAUUGAAGAGACGAGCGCUGGUUUUUCCGCACCUUGGCUCUUUAGCUUCUUUUUUGCUGUUCUCUAAUUCAAAUUACUCGCAGUU